GAGCCCAUACAGUGUUCCGACAGGGAAAACAGUGGAAUAGGACUUAGUUACAGAACUUUGGGCGGUGCCAGCGCAGGCAGGAUGAGCAUGGUUUAUUUCAAGGCUAGUGGAGAAGUGGAAUCUUACUUCAUUUGACUGGGCCUUUCAACUGUUUCGUCGGCUUUCGGAGGUGCAAUAAAACAUAGAAUAUGAGACUUUCCCUUGCUUCUUUAAUAGAACUCAAUCAUAAACUGGAAUAGAACUCAGAGGCUAGACAGAAUAUUAAACUACUAAUACUAAAAGGUUCAAAGGUCAAUUAUACUGCUUGUAAAAUGUAGCUAUGACAAUCGUAUAAUAAAAUAUUUUUGGACUAUAUAUUUAUGACCUUGCUCGGAAAGAGUUUAAUUGUAUCCCACAGACAAUUGAAUAUAUGCAAGGCUUUUAUACUACUUAUUAUAAAUGCAUGGUCGUUUCACAUUUGACAAGGCAGUGUUCAAAGUUUACUUCAGUCCGCUCUAAACCAUUUCUUAAAUAGAGCAGAAGAAUACACUUGGAGGUCAUACUGGAAUAGAUUUUACAGCUUGUUACGACUGUAAACUUCUCGAGAUUUGAGAUGAGCCAGAAUUAGAAAUUAAACGUUGCCAUAUUUUGAAAGUAGUCGGUGUACUUAGGACCCGACCGGACAGACAAAAGGAAUGUUCAUUCACCCGGAAUGCAUAUAGAUCAAUGGCUUUACCUCUGGCUCAAAGGACACUAUUUUUUGAAAGCUACAACAACACUUUUCCUCAAUUUUCCUAGGCAAAGUAAAUGAUCAGUUCAAAUGACUUUGACUCGCUUUAAAGAAAAUUAUUUUCUGAAUUGAGACAUAACAGGAAAUACAUUUUUUAAAUACAUUUGUCAGGUUGUAACUUUCACAAUGAACGCGCACCCAAUCGGCUGAUGGCAUGCAAGCUGAUAUCGUUGACUGAUAAGCAAAGCUGGUGCUUCAGCUAGUCAAAAAGAGUGCAUGCGCGCUUGUUAUAGUAGUAAUCUACUGGCCACCGGCUCUAUCAGUUCUUUAAUAGUAGAAUUCGCCUGGCGCUCAGCUCCUCCUCCCCACACUAGCUCACUACUGAAAAUCAAGCUAAGAUGGGCUGCUUCUUCAAUUUUUUAUCUGUUCUCCAAAGGAUAUAUUUACGUGCAAGGAUGACAUGUCGACGCCUCUUCUAUAAUACUCGUGGAUCCAAUGAGGCGAAACUUCUAGGUGAACUAAAAUGUAGGUAAAAUUCAGUAAUACUUCAAAUGGUGAUAUAAGCCAUGCUUGUGGCGUCAGGGAUAAAUAAAAAUUCGAAAUGAACGCGACGAAAACGUGCAACUAAAACGGUUGGCAAAAUGUGAGAAACUUCGUUCUCAGCUGAUCUUUAGCCUACAGUAGUGCCUAGAAACGACUGCGAAGGCUUUCAUUUGCUGUCACUUGAGGCCGGUCAGUUCGUCUAGAAACUUUACUUCUAAGUAAGGGGCAUGAAACAGGCUAUUCAGGUAUAUAUAGGCUUCAAAAACGCAACCAAGUUAAAUUAACCCUCCCUAUCGAGGCAACUUACUAUAUGUGUAAUGGUACCACACCAUCACACGCACUUCACUGAUUGAUCCGAGUUCCCAGUGGAAGUGACUAGAUUUCAGCGCUCGAAGACGGAGCUCCAAAAAGAAUAACGAACUGUUAACUAACAGCCCCCAUUAACAUGGCUGAAUUAAAGUAAGAACAUCUAGACUUACACGCACGAAAAGCACAAUGGUAAGGCUGUUUAUCUACUCAUAAAAUUACAUUAAAUAAAUUGGGGCGAAAAAGUAUAAAACUGAGCAAAAACAAAUCUACGAUGCUGCAAAAAUCUACAAUGCUACUAAAAAACCAAGUGUUUUCAAAGUCCUUAGGGCUCAAAAUACAUUUUCAUUCAUGUAUCUCUGUUUUCUUAAAGUGUAAAAUUAAGCAUAAGAAGACCGAAGUUAUAGUUCUCUUGAUGUGUUAAUAUUUAUGUUGUGCUAAGCACUGAACUUUUCUUUCUCUUUCCACUUUAAACCCUUGUAACUAAUCAACUAAAAAGACUCAGUAGACUUGUUUUUUUUUUAUGGCCAUUAAUACACAGCAUGCAAACUUCUUUAGGAGUAGUACACUUGAUUCAUUCAAACCGCAGUUAAAAUUAUCUCAGGCUUUUGUUGUGCAGAUGCUCAAAUUGAGUCUUUCCAAAACGAAAUUUUGAUCAAGCAUCUAGAUUCCAGCUGUUAACCAAAAGUCUGCCUUUUGAAUUAUUUUUGUACAGACCCUGUUCAGUGUUCUGAGGCCGGGGAUCAAGAGUGGAACGAAGAAAUGGAACGGCUCACUCUUAGCGUAGGCAGGACAGUGAUUAGCAUUUAUUUCAAGGCGGCUGAGUGUCAGGGUGGCGAUGAAGUGGAAUUAUACAUCAUGUAA